CCCAGCGAAUCCUCCCGAUGCAGGGGAAACAAAUUCUGUCAGGCAUACCUACCUUGGUACAACACUUGUCUCCACAAACGAGGGGCUUGAAAUACCCUAGAAAUCACAAGCUGCUGAGCCCAAAAGAUCGUCCAUCAUUCAAGUCACUGCGCUGUGAGCUAGAAAAAGCCCUGGAGGAUCUGCCAGACCCACAAGAUCCAGAUGAGAUUCUAUAUGUGAACAUGGACGAGUCCUCCAUGGAGCUCGGAGCCGUUGGUGGUCGGGAUCCCACUGGACACUCAUCCCCUCUCUGCUUGAAAGGCCUGGAGUCUGUGACCACAGUGGAGGUCCACCACCCCAACCGUUAUGUCCUCUGUCCACAGCACGAAACCAACCGAACCCUUUCUGACUCCAUGGAGAGCCUGGACAUGCCAGUGUCAACCUCCACAGCCACAUUGCCUUUACAGUCAUCAUGCCACUCCACUCCCAAUCGCACUCCAACUGUUGAGCUGCUCGAGGACAGGAAUGGAUCCAAGAAAAUGCCCUGGCAGUGACAGACUCACUCUUAAAAAUGACAAGACUGGUCACUGCCAAAGUGUGCUAUCCCAGUCCAAGUACAAAGAACAAAAU